AUGGGUCAGAAAGAAGACAUUCCACAGGAAGAGGUAGUAACAGAGGAAGAGCCAGGAAAUGAUUCACAAAAGAUAGAUCAAGAUGUUAAUGAUCUAGGGAUAAAUAGAUUGAUUCUAGAUUAUGACUACUUGUUAUAUAAGAUCAAUGAUUAUGUACAAUCAAUCCAAUUAAGGACAAAUCUUCUAUGUAUGGAACAAAAUAGAUUGAUUGAAGCGGAUAUUAUCGAUGGAUUAAUUAAUGCAAAUAUUGAUCAUUUAAAAUAUAUAUUAGAAAAAUGUGACGAAUUGGAAACACAUUUUGAUAUGAUGGAUCAAAUCGACCAGAUAGUUCAAUCUUUUAAAGACCGUUUGCAAUCUAUUAGAUCAGAAUAUAAUCAACUAAAGAAAAAUGAAAAAAUAAAAUAA